AUGCUGAAACUGAACCAUCUCCGUCAGCACCUGCUCCUCCUCUUCGCCAUCCAUGUCGCUUCACAACAGACGUACGGUCCUGGGGAAGGAGGAGGGACCGUGGGGAGGAGGAGGAGGAGCGGGAUGCCAGUGGCUCCAGUGAUUGAGGACCCCUCGGUGAGCGUGGGAGGGUCUCCCUGCCAGCAGGUAGUGUGGGUGUCUGCGACUUCGGUGCUGUGUGAGGCUCCGGAGGGAGUGGGAGGGCACAAGCUCGUGACGGUGGAGGUGGGAGGAGUGAGCAGCUCGGCGAACCCGUCCACUUACUUCAACUACGACCCUCCCUCAGUCAUAGCGAUAGAACCAGGGCACGGCUCUGCUUCAGGUGGGACGAUGGUGACUAUCGUUGGGACCAACUUCGGCGCUACGAACAACAACCCGUCGGUGACGAUAGGAGGGAGGCCCUGCCAGAAUGUCGUCUGGCUCUCCAACACGAAGCUCCAGUGCGUCUCUCCUCCCGGCAUCGGCAUCGGAGACGUCCGCGUCUUUGUCCUCGACGAGUCCAGCCCGGAGAACUUCGGCACCAUCUUCGAGUUUGACGCUCCGGUCGUCUCCAAGCUUGUCCCCGACCACGGGCCCAGCACAGGCGGGUACACGAUGACCAUCGAGGGGCUGAACUUCGGGACCAUCGACAGCAAGCCGCAGAUCAAGGUAGGAGGGAAGCAGUGCCGGAGCUCCGCCUGGAAGAGCAACGAGCAAGUCACCUGUGUCCUUCCCAAGGGUGUCGGACCCGAGAAGCAGGUCACUGUGGACAUCCUGGGGCAGCCCAGCCAGCCGACUCCCCGAGCUCUCUUCAGCUACGACGGCCCGAUCAUCACAGCCUUGCAGCCCGAGCACGGGGCGACGGUGGGAGGGACGCACUUGACCGUGCUGGGGGCGAACUUCGGGAACGAGGAGGACGGGAAGAAGCUGCAAGUGAGCAUCGGGCAGAUCCCCUGCUCCUCUCAGCGCUGGAUCUCCGAGUCCUGCCUCUUCUGCAUCACUCCAGCUGGGGUGGGAGCUGGGAAGGAGGUAGAGGCCGUUGUGUCAGCGAUCAAGAGCUCCCCUUGCCCCAGAACCCCCGCCAAGUCCAAGUCCCCCUACGCGGGGUGUAAGUCCACGUUUGACUACGAUCGGCCCAGCAUUGACAGGGUCGAGCCCAACCAUGGCCCAGCUGCCGGAGGAUACUUCGUGGCGGCCCUGGGGGACAACUACGGGACGUCGCCGAACUUGAUCAAGCUCUACAUGGGGGGGGUGGAGUGCGAGAAAACCCAAUGGGUCUCCAAUACGAAAGCACGAUGCCUCGUGCCCCCGGGUGUCGGGAUUACGCACCUCAUCGUCGACGUGGACGGUCAGAAGAACUCAGUCAGCAGCUCGCCUUCAGCUGAGGGAGACAUCUUCACAUAUGAUGCGCCAGUUGUCAAGCGCGUCCUCCCCUCAGCUGGAGACCCGAUGGGGGGGCAGCUGGUGACGAUCUACGGGGACAACUUCGGGUCGGACAAGGCGAAGGUGUCGGUGCUGGUCGGGCACGUGCCGGCGCGGGUGGUGCAUGUGAACAACGAGCAGAUGAUGAUUGUGAUGCCUCAGGGGGAAGGGAACAGAGCAGUGCGAGUGAGAGUGGCGGACCAGGAGUCUGCUGCCCCGUCCUCCUCCUCCUCCUCCUCCUCCUCUUCUUCCUCCUCCUCCUCCUCCUCCUCCUCUUCAUCGCAGGACGACUUCGAGUACAACGGGCCGAAAGUCAGCAAGGUGGUGCCCAACUUCGGGAGGACGCAGGGAGGUCAAGUACUGACCAUCUCUGGCUCCGACCUCGGCACGCGCACGUCGCACAUCGACGUCAAGGUGGGAGGCAUCGACUGCAUCGACUCCAGCUGGGUAGCGGAGACUUCCGUCCUCUGCACGACCCCACCUGGCUCAGGAGGGAGCAAGAGGGUGCAGAUCGUGAUCGACGGGAAGUUCUCAGCCUCCUCCCCCGACGACAUGCGCUUCUCCUACGCCGCGCCCCUCAUUACCUCCGUCUCCCCCGAGCAGGGGACGAGGGAGGGAGGUACGCGCGUCCUCCUCCAGGGCUUCAACUUCGGCCUCACCGACGCCCAUCCUGUCGCCUUCGUCGGGCCCAGCAGGUGCCGAGCCACCGUGUGGACUGACGAUGCAGCUGUCUCCUGCAUCACCCCACCUUGGACGGAGGGCCCCACCAUCCAGCCUGUCACAGUCCAGCUGAGCGGGCAGGUCUCGUCCUCCUCCCAGGCUGCCGUCUUCCAGUUCGGCUCCGGCAGCUCCCCCAUGAUCACGUCGCUCGCCUGGACGAGGGCGCCGACGGGAGGAGGCUUCACUCUGACACUCUUCGGGAACAAGUUUGAGCAGGAAGGCGCUGCCGCGUCUCUCGCCCGCUACGGAGGAGGAUCCGCCCCCUGCAGGGUCACGAGGUGGAUCUCGGAGAGCAAGGUCACCUGCACGGCCCCAGCUGGGGUCGGCUCCCAGCUGACGGUCUACUACCAGUCGAGGGGGUCCCCGGUGGCGGAGACGUUUGGGAGCGUGACGUUCGAGUACGAUCCUCCCGUCGUCUCCUCCCUCUCCCCAUCCGAGGGCCCCGUGGCGGGAGGGGAGCAAGUGACGCUGACGGGCUGGGGGUUCGGGCUGGCGGACACGAAGCCGGAGGUGAAGGUGGGAGAGGCCAGCUGGGGUCCAGCUGUAUGGACUAGCGACUCCUCCCUCUCAGCACAGACCCCAGCUGGGGUCGGUCGUGUGCCGGUGCUGGUCAAGGUGGGAGGGCAGCCGUCCAAGGUGGAGGAGGCGCCACUUUACGACUACGAGGGGGAAACAGUCACGAGCAUGCAACCUGAGACUCUGCCGACGGGAGGAGGAGCGACGGUAACGCUGUUCAGCAGGAACUUCGGGCAGGCCAGGGGCAGGAAGGACGUCAAGGUCACGUUGGGCGAUGGAGCUCAGCUGGGGUCGAGCUGCACGCAGGCCAGGUGGGAGUCGUCGACGUCGAUCACUUGCGUGGCUCCUGCUGGAGUUGGUAGGGACCUGGACGUGAAGGUGGAGGUAGAGGAGGAGGGAGGACGGAAGGACUUCAUGGGCUUCGGCGUCGCCUCCUACAGGACCCCGUCGGUGACGUCGGUGGAGCCGGAAGAGGGGAACAGUGCUGGGGGGCUGCUGGUGACCGUGCUGGGGAGAGACUUUGGGACGUUCGACUCCAACCCGACAGUGAAGGUGGGAGGAAGGAGCUGUUCUAGAACCCUCUACGCGUCCGACUCGAAGCUCGUGUGCGUGACCCCGGCGGGAGGAGGAGGAGGGAGGAGCGUGGUUGCUGUGGUGGGAGAGCAGGAGUCUGCUCCGUUCAAGGGUUUCACUUACCUCCCUCCAACGACCUCCGAGGUCGAUCCUUCGUCAGGUCCCGUCACAGGUCGAACAAGCGUGACGAUCUUUGGGAACAACUUUGGAACUUCAGCAGCAUCUGAACCCAAGGCAUUCAUAGGAGAUAUUCAAUGCCAGACUACUCGUUGGGUUUCAAACACGCAAGUGAUCUGCGAGACAUCACGUGGAAAAGAUCUCUAUGUCAAGCAUCAUGUCACUGUUGAUGUUGAGGUCAGGCGCGGCUUCUUUGCUCGGACGAUCAACCGCGUGUGGGGGAUGUUCUUUCAGUCCCAGGGAGAUUCAGGCGCAGAAUCGUCUGCUUAUCACAUCGUUGACUCCAUUGACAUUGAGAUGGAAGCAUCAAGUGAGAUUGACAUCACUGAGAUGAGAGAUCCGAGAUAG